UCUUCUUUGCUAUAACGAGAGUAUGAACUAGUUUCUCUAUCAGAUCCAUUCUUUUAAAUGUAUUUAUAGAUGAAACAGAGUUGUAUAAAUAAUGCAAUUCAAAACAGACCAAUCCAAGGAUACUCGAUUCACAAUAAAUUUAAAAAAUUCUGCAAAAAAUUAAAAAGACAAAAUAAAAUAACUAACAAGGAUAAAAAGCUGGAUCCCAAACUUUAUAGCAAGGAUGCCCAAAAAGACUCAAAAAAUUGACAAAGAAUUUAACUCUGAACAGAUUCAGAUGCAGAACUCCAAUAGUCAUAUUUUUACCAAACAGGGCUAUUAUCGUCCUGAAAAUGGUACAAAGAAUCAUGCAAAACAUGAAGCCCAAAGUGAAGAUGAUGUAGAUAGUAAAAUGAAUCCACAGGAUCUCAACCAUUGAUCCAACCCUAUGAUAGGAAUCAAAGUCAAUAUAACUUCAGAGAAAUGCGAACCCUCUCGUGGAGCUAGGUUAUUCGACCUAAAGCAAAAUAAUAGUUGUGAUUAUGAACAUGCUCAAGUGGCCACAUCUUAUGAUUUGUUUGUUGAAAACUCUAAUGAAGACACAAACUCUAAAAAGAUAUAUCAGAACAUCCAACAAGAACAGAACCAGGAUGACUUAUCUCGUAUUUUAUUUAGAAGAAGCUCCUCUUUUUCACAAAGAGCCCAGUCUGUUUUCUUGGAGCGUACAAAAUUAGCAGAAAGUCAAAAUGAUCAAUCGCAGUUAAAUGCUAUAGAAAUAUAUUACUCCAAUGUAGCAAAGAAGAUAAGUAAUUUGAGUAUUAGUUCUCAGAAGAAGAGGCACCUCCAAUACAAUUAUAACAUACAAAAAUAUCAGCAACUUUUGACUGAUCGAAAUCCCACUGAAUCUUCGGACCUGAAAUCAUCUAGAAGAACUAAUUCUAACUUAGUAAAUGAUCCUUAUAAAGAAGUUGAAGAGGCAAAGGCCGCAAAGAGUCAUAGUGAUGCAUCCAAGGUGUUAAACUAUAGAAGAAGCAACUCCACUAACCAUCAAAGAAACUGGAGCAGUACUAACAUUUUGAUCAAAGAUAUCCCUGCUCAGAAACUAAUAAAGCGUAGCAGAUACAGGAGAGAUCGGAAUUGAUUCCUAAACUCAAGAAGGAACUCUAAUUCAUAUCUACCUUUUCUCAGCCAGAUGUAAAUGAAUUCCUUGUUGAUAUGGCCCUUUUGCACCUGAAGUAAUCAAUUUCAAGGCAUAUCAAGACAAAACUGCUAGUGAUCUUUAAGCAACAGAUUCAAACAAUUUUUAAUGUCUAAAACAAGAAUGAACACCAGCAAUCUUUUAACUGUC